GUUUCCUUUCCCCAGGUCUUGCCAGAUACUCGCGCAGAUCAUGAGUUGCCACGUCGGCCCCGAAAUCAAUCUUAUUUUAGUUCGGGCAGCUUUGUAAAGGAAGCAGAGCACGCUCCAUUCAACGGACCAGAGAACAUGCCUGAUUAUCUAGUGAUGUUGACUCACCCUGGAGUACCUCCUCAUCGCCCAGAUCUGAAACAAAGUUGCAUUUGCGCCAUUCAACGAAACAUCUCGUUAGAAAAAGGACUGGUCAGAAAUGCGCACGUGCGCGUCACCGCACUCCACCGUCGAUUCGUCGAACGAAGAACAGGACUGUGCAAAUAUCGUGUUUCCUCACUGUAAAUACAAUUUGUCGUCGAAGAAAAGACCGAAGGCGUGUCCUUGUAAAAUUACAUUGGAUAUUUGUACACUUUCACUC